GGGAUUGGCCAGAGGCUGGUAGGAGGGGCCUUGCUAGCUGGGAAAGACGGAAGUGAGGGGGUCUUGGGGAAGCCGAAGCUAAGUGCCGUGUUCGUGCCUCAUCAGCGAUCCUGGACUCAGAAUGAGCAGCCUAGGGAGGCUCUUUGGCAGGGGGAAGGAGAAGAACCCGAGCCCUGAAGAGGCAAUUCAGAAACUUCGGGAGACGGAGAAGAUACUGAUCAAGAAGCAGGAGUUCCUAGAACAAAAGAUCCAGCAGGAACUGCAGAUAGCCAAGAAACAUGGGACCAAAAACAAGAGAGCUGCUCUGCAGGCACUGCGCAGAAAGAAGAGGCUGGAGCAACAGCUGGCACAGACAGAUGGAACUCUCUCUACCCUGGAAUUCCAGCGUGAAGCCAUUGAGAAUGCCACCACCAAUACUGAAGUACUUCGAACCAUGGGGCUGGCUGCCCGUGCCAUGAGCAAGGCCCACCAGGACAUGGACAUCAACAAGGUGGACGAGCUGAUGUCUGACAUCACAGAGCAGCAAGACAUAGCCCAGCAAAUCUCAGAUGCCAUUUCUCGGCCUGUGGGCUUUGGGGAUGAUGUGGAUGAGGAUGAGCUGCUGGAGGAACUAGAGGAACUAGAGCAAGAGAAACUGAACCAAGAGCUACUGAAUAUGGGAGAGGAUAAAGAAGCAGCACCAGCCAAGUUGCCCGAUGUACCCUCUACUCAUUUACCCACUAGCCCAGCUUCCAAGACUGAUGAGGAAAAGGAAAUGAAGCAGUUAGUUGACUGGGUAUCUGGAAGAGUGCCUUGAUGAUCUUGAAACUCCAUUCAAUUCCCUUCUUUUCCCCCAAGUGCCAAAGUACUGAGCUGAAGGGUUUAAACCUCAUGAGGCCUUGGUGAGGACAGUAGUAUGACCCAUCCUGAGGGGCCUGAUGCCUCAAUUGGCACACAGGGUGUUUUGGGGGUUUUUUGGUGGUGGGAGGGGGGAAGGUUUGAUUUUGGGUUUUUUUGGAGUUAGGAAAGGUGGAAAUAGGGAGAAAAAUCCCUGGACCAUUUUUCUUAUUUGAAGCUGUUACAAAGGCCCUUACUCUCAAUAAAACUGGGCAGCUGGACCCCCACUGUCUGCCAUGUCUUAUCAGGCCUUGGGUCCCUACCUCAA